GCCUCGGGAGGCCGUCGAGGGCGGGUUCGGGCCGCGCUCCCACCGCCCCGCCCGCGGCCGCCCCAGCUCUGCGCCGGAGCCCGGAUUCCGGAAGCAGCGGGGCCGGAGCGCCGGUAGCCGGGCCGCGGGGACGCCGGGAGCGGGGAGCGUCCAGAGAGGGCCGGAUUCCUGGCAGGAUGACUGUGGGGAUCUUUGCAAAUUGUACCUUCUGUUUGAAAGUCAAGCACUUACCUCGUCAACAGAAGAAAAAGCUACAGAAUGACAUUAAGGAGAAUGGUGGAAAAUUUUCCUUUUUAUUAAAUCCUCAGUGCACGCAUGUAAUCUUAGAUAAUGCUGAUGUUCUGAGCCAGUAUCAACUGAACUCUAUCCAAAAGAACCAUGUCCAUAUAACAAACCCAGAUUUUAUAUGGGAAUCUAUCAAAGAAAGGAGACUCUUGGAUGUAAUGAAUUAUGAUCCUAGUAAGUCACUGGGCAUCACACCACCUCCUUGUCAAAAGGCAAACAGUUCUGUGACAACAGAUGACCAGUCCCUGGACACCUCCACAGAGAAGGAGAACAUUGUGGAGCUCACAGAGUCUUCUACAGAGAACGUUGAAAUUCCUCAUUUUCCACAAGACUUCGAAGUUGCAAAAUAUAACACCCUGGAAAAAGUUGAGGCGGAGGGAGAUAAGGAAGUGGUGGUGGUGGAACUGCAGUGCUCCCAGGCACCCGGGGCCGCCGCCUUUCUGAUAUCCGCGCGCUUCCUCUUGGCCUCCGGCCUCAAGACUAGAAGACACUUCUGUGUAAAGAAAACCUCUGCAGAUGCAAGUGAGUACUACGAAAAUUACAUUGAAGACCUGAAGAAACAAGGAUUUCUGCUAAGAGAAUAUUUUACGCCCGAAGCAACCCAGUUGGCAUCUGAAAACCUGCAAGCAUUGCUUUUGGAGGAGGUCAUCAGUUCAAGCGCUCUGAGCAGAGAGGUGAGCGAUUUGGUGGAGAUGGUGUGGGCGGAAGCUCUCGGCCACCUGGAGUGCACGCUGCUCAAGCCCGUGGACAGGAUUAGUCUGAAUGACGUGAGCAAGGCAGAGGGAGUUCUCCUCCUAGUAAAGGCAGCACUGAAAAAUGGAGAAAGGGAAGAACAGUGGCAAAAUAUGAUGACGGAGUUCUACAGAUUAAUACCUCACAAAGGCACAACUACUGAAGAAGUGAACCUGAGACUAUUAGCUAAGAAAGAGGACCUCUGCCAGCUGAUAAGAGACAUGGUUAAUGUCUGUGAAACUAAUUUGUCCAAACCCAACCCGCCAUCUCUUGCCAAAUACCGAGCUUUGAGAUGCAAAAUCGAGCAUGUUGAACAGAACACCGAAGAAUUUUUCAGAGUUAGAAAAGAGGUUUUACAGAAUAAUUGCAGUGAAGGUCCAGUGGACAUCUUGCAGAUAUUCAGGGUUGGCAGAGUGAAUGAAGCCACAGAGUUUUUGAGCCAGCUUGGCAACGUGAAGCCCUUGCUGCAUGGAUCUCCCGUACGAAGCUUUGUAGGAAUCCUGUCCCGUGGGUUGCUUUUACCCAAAGUAGUUGAAGAUCGUGGCACAAAGAGAACAGACAUCGGAAAUCUUGGGAGUGGGAUAUAUUUCAGCGAUUCACUCAGUACGGGUGUGAAGUACUCCCACCCGGGAGAGACGGACGGCACCCGGCUCCUGGCUGUCUGUGACGUAGCCCUUGGAAAGUGCGCGGACUUCCACAGAAGAGACUUCUCCUUGUCAGAAGCACCGUCAGGUUAUGACAGUGUCCAUGGGGUUCGAGCUACACCCACGGUCACCACGGACUUCGAGGACGAUGAAUUUGUUGUAUAUAAAACCAAUCAGAUUAAAUUGAAAUACAUUAUUAAGUUUUGCAUACCUGGAGAUGAAAUAAAGGACUUUCACCCUUGUAAUACUACUGAAUUAGAAGAAUACAGACCUACGGUUUCAAAUUUUUCAAAGGUUGAAGAUUAUCAGCUACAAGAUGCCAAACCUUUCAGCAACAUCAAGUCCGGCCUUCAGGAUUUCUGUGGCAAUUCAGUUCCUCUUGAGGAUGUUCACAUCAAAGGAAAAAUAAUAGACUUUGUAGCCCAGGUCGUUGUUUUUCAGACAUACACCAAUCAAAGUCAUGUGCCCAUUGAGGCAAAAUACAUUUUCCCUUUGGAUGAUAAGGCAGCUGUCUGUGGUUUUGAAGCAUUCAUCAAUGGGAAGCACAUAGUAGGAGAGGUUAAAGAGAAGGAAGCAGCCCACCGCGAAUACCGAGAAGCCAUCAGUCAAGGCCAUGGCGCUUACUUGAUGGACCAGGAUGCACCCGAUGUUUUUACUGUUAGUGUUGGAAAUCUGCCCCCUAAGGCUAAGGUCCUCAUCAAAAUUACCUACAUCACCGAACUCAGCAUCCAAGGCACCAGGGCUGUCUUCUCCAUGCCGGCCACCGUGGCUCCCUGGCAACAGGACAGAGCUUUGAAUGAAAACAGUCAGGAUACAGUAGAGAAGAUUUGUGUAAGGGAAAUAGGAACAAAGCAAAGCUUCUCUUUGAGUAUGUCCAUUGAGAUGCCGUAUGUGAUUGAAUUCAUUUCUAGUGAUACACAUGAACUGAGACAAAAGAGUACAGACUGCAAAGCUGUAAUUAGCACCAUGGACGGUAGCUCCUUAGACAGCAAUGGAUUCUCCCUUCAUAUCGGUUUGUCUGAUGCGUAUCUCCCAAGAAUGUGGGUUGAAAAACAUCCAGAAAAAGAAAGUGAGGCCUGCAUGCUUGUUUUUCAACCAGAUCUAGAUAUCACACUCCCUGAGCUAACUGAGAACAGUGAAGUGAUUAUCUGUCUGGAUUGCUCCGCUUCCAUGGAGGGUGCGACGUUCUUGCAAGCCAAGCAGAUUGCCUUAUGUGCACUGUCCUUGGUGGGGAAGAAGCAAAAGAUAAACAUUGUCAAGUUUGGCACAGGUUACAAGGAACUAUUUUCAUAUCCUAAGUACAUCACAAGCAACAAUGUGCCAACGGAGUUCAUUAUGUCUGCUACACCUACCAUGGGAAAUACAGACUUCUGGAAAACGCUCCGAUACUUAAAUUUACUGUACCCUUCUCAAGGGUUACGGAACAUUCUCCUCAUAUCUGAUGGGCACCUCCAGAAUGAAAGUCUGACCCUGCAGCUUGUGAAGAGAAAUGUCCAGCACACCAGGCUGUUCUCCUGUGGUGUUGGUUCUACAGCAAAUCGUCAUAUCCUAAGGACUUUGUCCCAGUACGGCGCUGGAGUAUUUGAGUAUUUUAACUCAAAAUCCAAACAGAGUUGGAAAAAACAGAUAGAAGACCAAAUGACCAGGUUACGUUCUCCCAGCUGCCGCUCCGUCUCCGUCAAAUGGCAGCAGCUAAGCGCAGCCGCACCUGAGCCCCUGCAGGCGCCAGCCCAGGUGCGGGCCUUGUUCCCCAAUGACCGACUCCUUGUCUACGGGUUCAUUCCUCAUUGUACACAGGCAACUCUGUGUGCAUUAAUUCAAGAGAAAGAAUUUUCUACAAUGGUAUCGACUACUGAGCUUCAGAAGACAACUGGCACUAUGAUCCACAAGCUGACAGCCCGAGCUCUGAUCCGAGAUUAUGAAGAUGGCAUCCUCCAUGAAAAUGAAACAAAUCAUGAGAUGAAGAAGCAAAUCCUAAAAUCUCUGAUUAUUAAACUAAGUAAAGAAAACUCUCUCAUAACACAAUUUACAAGCUUUGUGGCAGUUGAGAAAAGGGAUGGUAAGGAGUCACCUUUUAAUAUUCCAAAUAUUUUGGAACUUAUUGCCAAAGAAGAUGUAGAUUUUCUGCCGUACAUGAGCUGGCAGGAGGAGCAACCAGAUGCCGAUGUGGCACAGCCUCUUUCAGCAUUCUCUAGAUGGAACGAAGAACUGCAACAUCAACAUUUGACUAACAGAAAAUCUGGAUCACCUAAGCUGGAAGGUUUUGAAGAUUUAGAAAAGGAUUGCUUCAGUUCCCCACUAUCCAAAAAAUCUUUAACACUCAGUUUCAAAAGUGAAGAUGUGGAAAAGACAUUGGCUUUAAGGCAGACGGGUUCAUUUAAACAAACAGGAGAUGAACCACUAUAUAGAAAAGCCCCUUUCCUAAAACUGGGUGCUGGCAGUAUUUCUGCUUCCUAUAGGUCAGCCUGUGUGAGAGCUCAGCCCUUUAUCGGUUCUUGUUUCCAGUCUCCUCCCCGCUUACCCCCUCCAAAGCUUUGUCUUGCUCCUGCUGCUGGCCCCAGACAUUCUGCUCCAUCUGAGAAUGACCUGGAAGGUGAGCCCUUAGCUGGUUCCAGUUUCCAGUCUCCUCCCCGCUUACCCCCUCCAAAGCUUUGUCUUGCUCCUGCUGCUGGUCCCAGACAGUCUGCUUCAUCUGAGAAUGACCAAGACCUUCAAACUGAGAGUUGUAGUGAUUCUUCCCUUAAGUCAUCUACCCCUUUGAAUCCGUCUCAACUACUUUUUGGAUCCUCUGCUCGUUUUCCUAAUGUAGGAGCCUCGUUUAGCUUUGGGCAGGUUAUUCUACCUGAAAGUUAUCAAGGCCUUAAGACUGACAGUUGUGCUAGCAGUUCUCUUGAGUCGGACACUCCCCCACAGCCAAAUAUUUUUUCCUCUCCUCCUAGAGUUCCUCCCUCCGGUCUAUCCAGAGAGUUUGGCUUUCAUUACCUUUCUGGUUCUCCUUUUUAUUUUCAAAAUUCCCCAGUUCGUUCUAGCGCCAGUUACAAGCCACAGAUAGAUCUGUUUGCUAACACAGAAUCAGACGCUUCUUCAGCAAAUGUUUCUGCCAUGAUUUCAUCAUCCACUUCAAGUGAUGGGCAUUUUUCUGAAACAAAAAAUGUUGAAACGCCAAGAUUUCUGAAAUGUCAUUUGGCAAAAUCUGAUAUAACAGGAAGUGAUUUUACUGCAAGCUUUCAGGCACGAAAAGAUGAACAAAGCUGGAUGAAUUUUGCACCUUGGACCAAACUCUUCAAUCUACAAACUGAGGAUGGCUUCUGGAAACUUACACCAGAACUGGGAUUUAUUUUAAACCUUAAUACGAAUAUUUUAAACAGCUUUCUUGAAAAAAAAGGCAUUCGAUCUCUAGGUAUAAAGGGAAGAGAGCGUCUCCUGGACCUGAUCGCCACAUUUCUCGUGCUGCAGUUUCUUCGUACCAAGUUGGAAAACCAGGGACUAGUCUUCAAAUCACUGAUGAAACUGGACGAUGCUUCCAUUUCCAGAAAUAUUCCCUGGGGUUUUGAAGAAAUAAAGAAAGCAAGUGAGUGGGUAAGAAGAACCGAAGGACAAUAUCCAUCCAUCUGCCAACGGCUGGAAUUGGGUCAAGAUUGGGACUCUGCCACCAAACAGCUACUGGGGAUCCAAACCAUACACACCACUUCUCCUCUUCACCGAGUUCUUAAUUACAGUCAAGGCUGAAUCAACUAAAGUUGUAUUUUAGACAUUAUUCAUGCUUCUAUGUAUAAAAUAAUCAGAUAUCAAUAGGUACCUAUAAUGAAGGUUAAUUAAGAUUUUAUUCAAUGUAGCACUCACUUUAAACAGAAACAGAACUGAUUAUUUUAAUGAACUAACGAGUGAUAACAAAAUAAAUAUUCUAA